CAGUGACUGGGGAGGGAUCUUCAGCACAGCAUGUGUGUGAAGGUGGUUCUGAGGAGGACAGCUCCCGACAUCUCUGCCGUGCCACAACCCAACUAGCGAUCCCGCGCGAGUGGGACGGGUCAGCGUCCGCGCACGACCCCGAACCUGCAGGUUUGGCUCUGUCAUGGCCUCCUCCCCUCCUCAUAAGUGAGCAUUAUGGAUUAGUGGAGGGAGGCGACUGUAAAUCCCCACUGUUGUGCUGAUCUGAAUUUAAACGCUGGACAGAUAAUUUGUCUUUUGAAGAGAGUAGCAGGCGAGCCGGGACAAUGGAUACGAACAUGCGCAAAUUUACAGUGAGAAGAUGGUUUUCCGUGUACCUGCGCAGAAAGUCGCGAUCCAAAAGCUCGAGUUUAUGCAAACUAGAGGAUGACAGCAUCUUAAAGGAGUUUGAUAUCAGCCAUCAUGUGAAAGAGGGCUUUGAGAAAGCAGACCCGUCACAGUUCGAGCUGCUCAAGGUGUUGGGUCAGGGCUCCUAUGGAAAGGUGUUCUUGGUGAGAAAAAUCAGAGGUUCAGAUACAGGACAACUCUAUGCCAUGAAGGUCUUGAAAAAAGCAACACUUAAAGUGCGGGACAGAGUGAGAUCGAAAAUGGAGCGAGACAUUCUUGCAGAAGUGAAUCAUCCCUUCAUUGUCAAACUCCACUAUGCCUUUCAGACAGAAGGAAAGCUGUACCUUAUAUUGGACUUUCUCAGAGGGGGAGAUCUUUUCACACGCCUCUCCAAAGAGGUAAUGUUUACCGAGGAAGAUGUGAAGUUCUAUUUGGCUGAGCUGGCCUUGGCUUUGGAUCAUCUUCAUAGUCUGGGCAUCAUCUACCGUGAUCUUAAACCAGAGAACAUUCUCCUUGAUGAAGAGGGCCACAUAAAGGUCACAGAUUUUGGCCUGAGCAAAGAGGCAAUCGACCAUGACAAACGAGCGUACUCCUUCUGCGGGACCAUCGAGUACAUGGCCCCAGAGGUGGUCAACAGGCGAGGUCACACUCAAAGUGCUGACUGGUGGUCCUUCGGCAUCUUAAUGUUUGAAAUGCUGACUGGAUCCCUGCCAUUUCAAGGCAAAGACCGCAAAGAGACAAUGGCACUUAUUCUCAAGGCAAAACUCGGCAUGCCGCAGUUCCUCAGCCCAGAAGUCCAGAGUUUACUGCGGGCCCUUUUCAAAAGAAACCCUUCCAAUAGAUUAGGCGCAGGACCUGAUGGAGUGGAAGAAAUCAAGCGGCAUAUAUUUUUCGCAACAGUAGACUGGAAUAAAUUGUACAGACGAGAAAUCAAGCCUCCGUUCAAACCAGCAGUGGGCCGACCAGAGGACACAUUCCAUUUUGAUCCUGAGUUUACGUCCCGCACGCCGACAGACUCACCCGGAGUUCCACCCAGUGCUAACGCACACCAGCUCUUCCGCGGCUUCAGCUUUGUGGCCUCUAACCUGGGUCAAGAACAGCCACUGGUCGAGACCAAGCAAAACUCUGUUAACCCCAUUGUACAGCAACUUCAUGGCAACAAUAUUCAUUUUACUGAUGGCUAUGAGUUGAAGGAGGAUAUCGGCAUUGGAGCGUAUUCGGUCUGCAAACGUUGUGUCCACAGAAUCACCAGUGUGGAGUAUGCUGUCAAAAUUAUUGACAGAGCCAAGAAGGACCCGUCUGAAGAGAUCGAGAUUCUUCUGAGAUACGGCCAGCACCCAAACAUCAUUACUCUGAAAGAUGUCUAUGACGACGGCAAGUUUGUGUAUCUGGUGAUGGAGCUGAUGAGAGGAGGAGAGCUGCUGGACCGGAUCCUGCAGCAGAAGUGCUUCUCAGAGCGCGAGGCCUCAGCUGUGCUCUGCACCAUCACCAAGACUGUGGAGUAUCUGCAUUCACAGGGGGUUGUGCAUCGAGACUUGAAGCCCAGUAACAUCCUGUAUGUCGAUGAAACAGGCGACCCAGAGUCCAUCAGAAUAUGUGAUUUUGGGUUUGCCAAACAGUUAAGGGCUGAAAAUGGUCUGCUCAUGACACCGUGCUACACUGCAAACUUUGUCCUGAAGAAACAGGGAUAUGAUGCGGCCUGUGAUAUCUGGAGCCUGGGAAUCUUACUGUACACCAUGCUGGCAGGUUUCACGCCCUUCGCUAACGGCCCUGACGACACACCAGAAGAGAUCUUGGCUCGUAUUGGCAGUGGGAAAUUUGCCCUGUCAGGAGGCAACUGGGACACGGUGUCUGACGCAGCCAAGGACAUUGUAACUAAAAUGCUGCAUGUGGACCCUCAUCAGCGGCUGACGGCACCUCUUGUUCUCAGACAUCCCUGGAUAGUGAACCGCGAUCAGUUAUCUCAGAGCCAGCUGAUCAGACAGGAUGUGCAACUGGUGAAGGGGGCGAUGGCUGCCACAUACUCUGCUUUGAAUCGGUCACCUCAGGCACCAAAACUGGAGCCAGUGCUUUCUUCCUGUCUGGCUCAGAGGAGAGGCAUGAAAAGACUCACAUCCACUCGUCUAUAGCACUCCAGCCAGACACAUGAGCUUCUGCAGCUUUAAGAAAUGUCGGAGCGCGCAGGCUUCGGACAAGGCACCAGGCGACCGCCAAAGCAUCCAGAGCAGAGAGGAAAAAUUGGAUUGACCUCAGAGUGUCAGAGCAAUCUCCAAAGAGUGAAAAAAUGAUCUGCCAAGAGUUCUGCUGAUGUCAAGAGAUUGAUGAGGGCCAGAUGCAAACAUCACAGCUGUCAGGGCUCAAAAACAGCUCUUUCAGAGCGUGACGUGUUGUGUGUGUGUGUGUGUGUGUGUGUGUGUGUGUGUGUGUGUGUGUGUGUGUGUGUGUGUGUGUGUGUGUGUGUGUGCGUGCCAUCCCUGUCAAUUUCGGGAGUGUGCAUCAUGAAGUGUUUAGUUUUAAUGGUGCAGACCACAGUUAUUGUUCCCAAACUGUGUGCAGUCGGUUGAAAAAGCCAGUCGUUCAUAAAAGUUGCUACUACUUGCUGCAGACACUUCAGUUAGAGCCAUGUAGAAGUUAGUAGAUGAUGCUUUGGUCUAUCAUGGUGACAGUGCUGCACCUUAAGCUACGUACCAGCAUCUUUUGAACAAGCAUGCCAUGUACAGUAUGUAUUUUUAUGACAAACGAAUGGUUCUAACAUGCUAGUGAAAGCACAAAGAGCAUUGUUCAUGUUGUUUUUGGUUUACUAGUAACCUUCUUUAAUGUUUUGGUCUUGUGUAAUGGUGAGGCUACAGAAAACAGAUGUUUUUAAUUCUGUUUAAUUCUAUUUUUCCAUCUUGUGUAUUUGCACCACAUUGGUUUUAAAUUAUUUAUUUAUAUAUUUAUGAAUCAUUUUGUUGAUAUGCACGUUUAUUUACAAUUCUGUUUAAUUAUUUAAAUAUUUAUGUGUUUAUUAAAGAUAUCCGGUACCUUUUUUAUCUAUUUGUUUUUAAGUGACCUUUAUGCAUCAACACCUAAACCUAAACAAGUGCCACACCUUUGCACUAGAUUUACUGAAUGAUGAUAAAGAAAUAAAAUAAAAACUUUAAAGAAUAGAA